AUGGGACAAUUCGGCGCUUCGCAACAGGAAAAAAGCGCCAUCCCACCCUACCCGCAACCAAAACCGGCCCCAGGCCAGGGUUUAUCGCAUCAGACGGAGGGAUCGAUGUGCUACUCGGAAUCGCAUGGCCAAUCUUGGCGCAAAGGAAAGCUGCUGUCCUCGGUAUGGUACGGUCUGGGCCAGCUAUCGGCAUUUCUCCCUUCUUCGACUGCCUCUUGCAAUGCGCUUUGCGACAAAUGCUCUCCGUCACACAAUUGA